AUGUUCUUAAGCCAGGACUAUCUGAUUAUUAGGGUCAGCUUUUCGUGGAAGUACCCAAUAAAAGUGAGGUAAUCUGGUCCAAUGCAUUGAUUCAGCCUUCGUAUAAUAAAAAUCCAAAUCCUUGAAGGCCAAGGCCCGUUUCUUUUACAAAAUUAGGGGAAAAAACGGAAACAAAAUUAGAACACUGUAUAUUUUCUUAAUAAAAAUCGAUUGCCAAUUUGAUGCGGAAGGCGGCAGAAUUGGUUUUUUCUUGGUAACAAUAAUGGAGGUACAGAUUUCAACAACUGAAACAGAGCCGCAUCCUAAGAAAGGAGAUUCUUUAGAAGGCUGUGAUGAGCUGAAACUUAAGGAAUUAAUAUCUGAAGGUAAAUUAUUAUUGGACUUUGACGGAUGGACUAAGCUUAUUUUGGAUGUUGAGAAUUUAUUUCAUGAUGAAGUAGAGAAAAUAUGUUUAGUAUAUGAUUCCUUCUUGUCUGAGUUUCCUUUGUGCUAUGGUUACUGGAGGAAGUAUGCUGGUCAUAUUAUACGGUUAUGCACCAUUGACAAAGCUGUUGAAAUCUUUGAACGUGCUGUGCAAUCGGCAACAUACUCUGUCGGUGUUUGGGUUGACUAUUGUGGCUUUGCUAUUUCAGUUUUUGAAGAUGCUAAUGAUAUUCGUAGGCUAUUUAAAAGAGCCUUGUCCUUUGUUGGAAAGGAUUACUUAUGUCAUACUUUGUGGGAUAAAUAUGUCGAGUUUGAGUUUUCUCAGCAGCAGUGGAGUUCCUUAGCUAAUAUUUACAUCCAAAUUCUGAGAUUUCCAUCCAAAAAGUUACAUCAUUAUUAUGAGAGUUUCCAGAAGUUGGCAGCCACUUGGAAAGAAGAGAUGCAAUGUCUGAAUGAUAUGGAUUUAAAAUCAGAUCCCAGACUAGAAAAUGAAGUCUCUACAUGUUAUACUGAUAAUGAAAUUUCUUGUGUCAUCAAAGACUUGCUGGAUCCUUCCACCGGCAUGGAUGGUACUAAAGCACUAGAAAAAUAUAUAUCCAUUGGGAAUCAAUUUUACCGGGAAGCAUCUCAGUUGGGUGAAAAAAUACAUCGCUUUGAGAGUAGCAUUCGAAGGUCUUAUUUUCAUGUAAAGCCACUUGACAUCAGUCAAUUGGAGAACUGGCAUGAAUAUUUAAACUUUGUAGAGAUGCAUGGCGAUUUUGAUUGGGCUGUUAAACUUUAUGAGAGAUGCCUAAUUGCAUGUGCUAAUUAUCCUGAGUUCUGGAUGCGCUAUGUGGAUUUCAUGGAAAGUAAGGGUGGAAGAGAGAUAGCAAACUUUGCCCUAGCUCGAGCAACACAAAUUUUUCUGAAGAGAAUGCCGGUGAUCCACCUUUUCAGUGCUAGGUUUAAGGAGAAAAUUAGGGACAUUUCAGGUGCACAUGCAGCUCUUCUUCAGUAUGAGACAGAACCAGAUCUUAGCUUUGUUGAAACUGUUUCAAUAAAAGCUAACAUGGAAAAACGUUUGGGCAAUUUUGUAGCCGCUUCUAAUACAUACAAAGAGGCAGUGGACAUUGCUACUGCAGAAGAAAAGUUUGACAUUCUUCCCGUAUUGUAUAUUAAUUUUUCACGACUUCAAUACAUGAUUACCAGUAAUAGUGAUGCUGCUAGAGACAUCUUAAUAGAUGGUACCAAACGUGUGCCUAAUUGCAAACUGCUUUUAGAGGAAUUGAUAAAAUUUGGAAUGAUGCAUGGAGGGCCAAGGCACAUGCAUGUGUUAGAUGCUAUAGUAAAUGAUGUGAUAUCUCUAGGGCCCUGUCAAGGUAUGAAUGCAAAAGAAGCGGAGGAUAUAUCAAGCUUAUACUUACAGUUUGUUGAUCUUUGUGGAACCAUAGAUGAUAUAAGAAAAGCAUGGAAUCGCCACAUAAAAUAUUUUCCUGACUCUGCUAGGAUGAGCACGUAUAAGUUCUCAGUUAGUAAUGGUAUAAAACCUAUACCCCUAAAGAUGACAGCUGGCAGAAGACAAGAAAGCCCUGGUGCUUUGCCUUCCCAUCCAUCUGCAGAUGGAAGCUUAGACAUCCCAACUCAGUCACCAUCUCAAGACAAGGUAUUGAAACCUCCAGAAAAUGAUGAUACCCAGCCUAACCAUGCUGCCUCAGACUGUGUAUCGGAUAAGAAAUCACCAUUGCAGGAAAAUCAUGAAAUUCACAUCGACCAAGCUACUGUCAACAGGCUUCAAUCAGGAGAAGUUGAUGACAGUUUGCAGGGGGAAGUGCAGCAUAUGUCUCAGGAUAUUUCAGAGCAGCUCAGAGAAGAUACAAAAGCUAAUACAAAUUUGUUAUCUCAUGAUUUAGUUCAUGAAGGGACAAAUGAAGUUGAAGCAUUACAAACUUCAGAAGAAAAUUCUAAAGAAAAUGUUGUCCAGCAAGAGCAUCAUCAUAAGUCUGAACAGGAUGUAAACCGACUUUCACUGGAGAAACUUUCAUUGAGUCACCUAGAUCAUAAAUCUUUGGAUUCAAUCAGUAUCGCAAAUCAGGAAGCUGAAACUUUUGGAGAAACCAGCUUAUCAAAUGGAAGCAUGGUGAAAAAAGAACCACCCCAAGAAACCAGCACCUCCAGUGAAAGUGUGCCAACGGAUGGUCAAAAUAAUGCUGGAGAUUACCUGGUAUCUAGCCCAAGGAGUGCUCGGGCAUCUGAUUCUACCGGAAUUCAAGCUGACAUGGCCAGUCCUUCAUCUUCAGCUAGUCCACAGAACAUCACGAAAGCAGAGCCACUUUUACGAAGGACACCUUCAUCCGGUGGUGGAAGCUGGAGUAAUUCUCAAAGAAUUCAUAGGGACAAUAAAGGAUUUCGAAGGCACUCUCAUAAAAGGCUUCAUCAAAGACGGCAACUGUCCCCACAAAGGCAGUAUUCACAAAAUGAAACUGGCACACAGGUGCCUAUGGAUCAAGGUUACCCUAGUCAAUCCAUGUCUUCACAGAGCCCACAAGUUCAACAAGGUGGCCAAACACAAAGUAAGUACUCCACAUCUGCUGCUCAUCCUAAUUUAACAACAGCUCAUGCCUGGUCUAUGCAGAACGUGCAGCAACAGAAUUUUGCCCCUAAUCAGACUCAAUUAUUUCCCCAACCUGCUUAUCCUCAACCACAGAUCUCUCAGCACCCCAUGCAAAGCAAUGAGCAGCUUGGGCAAAUGCAAAAUAAUCAAGCGUAUAAUCAAAUGUGGCAAUAUUAUUUCUACCAACAACAACAGCAGCAGCAGUUUCUUUUGCAGCAACAGCAGCAGCAACCCCUGCAUCAACAGCCUCAGAACCAGCAGCAGGUUUUACAGCAACAUCAACAGCUGCUACAAGUGCAACAGCAAUAUCUUCAGCAGCAACAGUUACUACAGCAACAAUUACCCUAUCAGCAGCCACAGCAACUACAGCUUCAGCAGCAACAGCAAUUUAUUCAACAUCAACAGUUUCUUCAGCAGCAGCAGCAACAACAACUACAACCGCAAGGCUCUUAUCAGCAGCAAUUUCCACCACAAAAUCACUAUUUUUACUUGCAACAGCAAGAACAAGAACAAAGACAACAAGAUGGGCAGAUCUCAGCAUCACAGGCUCGGAUGUGGAACGAUUUAAGCAAAGAGGAAUCCAUGAUGGAAUCAAGGCGACCAACAACAUCGCAGGGCCAAGAUACAUUGUCUCAUAGGGACGAGGCAUUUGACAUUGUAUUAUCUGCAGUAUCCUCGAAUUCCCAGCAACGAUCUUCUCCAAGCCAAUGAUAUUGGACUACGUCUACAUGCGGAUGCCACGUUAUCUCAAGAACCAGGGGCGGUUACUAUAAUUAAAACUCGUGUUUCUACGUGUCAUCACAUUUUCAAGACUUGAAUGGUUAUAUAACUUGAAACUGGGUUAAUUGAUCUGUAACCUUUACGUCGCUUACUAUCGAACGUGCCCUUUUACGGU